CUUAACAAUCACUUCAUUAAUUAAUAAUAAUUGAUGGCCCCGGAAGAGUUCCAGAAGACCUCCCUAAGCUUAGAAUCCGCCCCGCCGGAAUCAUGCCCCGCCGCCGGCAAGAGCUUCGACGACGACGGCCGCGAUGAAAGAACUGGGACGAUGUUGACGGCGAGUGCGCACAUAAUAACGGCGGUUAUAGGGUCGGGAGUGCUGUCGCUGGCUUGGGCGCUUGCGCAGCUCGGAUGGGCGGCGGGGAUGGCGGUGCUGGUCGCCUUUGCCGCCAUUACUUACUUCACCUCCACUCUGCUCGCCGACGCCUACCGAUUUCCCGGCCCCGUCCACGGCCGCCGGAAUUAUACUUACAUGGACGUCGUCCGCGCCCACCUGCAAGGUGGUGUGAAGGUGCGGCUGUGUGGACUGGCGCAGUACACCAAUCUCGUUGGAGUCACCAUCGGAUACACCAUCACUGCCUCCAUUAGUAUGGUUGCUGUGAAGAGAUCCAACUGCUUCCACGAGGAGGGGCACGGUUCGAGGUGCUCGGAAUCGAACUAUCCGUACAUGGCGGCGUUCGCAGUGAUUCAAAUUAUCCUCAGCCAAAUCCCUAAUUUCCACAAGCUCUCCUGGCUCUCCAUCGUCGCCGCCGUCAUGUCCUUCGCCUACUCCUCCAUCGGACUCGGACUAUCAAUCGCCAAGCUCGCCGGCGCCGGCGCCGGAAAAGUGCAGACCAGCCUCACCGGUACGAAGGUCGGCGUCGACGUGUCGGGAGCCGACAAAGUCUGGCAGAGCUUCCAGGCCAUGGGGAACAUAGCCUUCGCUUAUGCCUACGCCACCGUCCUCGUCGAAAUUCAGGACACCUUGAAAUCGCCGCCGCCGGAGAACCAGGUGAUGAAGAGGGCCUCUUUAGCCGGCGUCUCCACCACCACAUUGUUCUACCUCCUCUGCGGGACUAUCGGUUACGCCGCAUUUGGCAACAACGCUCCCGGAAACUUCCUCACCGGGUUCGGAUUCUACGAGCCAUACUGGCUAAUCGACGUCGCCAACAUCUGCAUUGCAAUCCAUCUCGUCGGUGCUUACCAGGUAUUCGCGCAGCCAAUAUUCGGGUUCGUAGAAAAGAAAUGCAACGAAAGAUGGCAGGAGAACAAGUUCAUCACCAAAGAGAUCCCACUGUGCGGGUCGUCGUACAGGAUCAACCUGUUCCGGCUGGUGUGGAGAACGGUGUACGUCGCGAUCACAGCUCUGAUCGCUAUGAUAUUCCCGUUCUUCAACGGGUUCUUGGGCCUGAUCGGGGCAAUAUCGUUCUAUCCCCUGACGGUGUACUUCCCUAUAGAGAUCCACAUUGCACAGGCAAAGAUACCCAAGUAUUCAACCACCUGGAUAUGGCUCAAGAUACUCAGCUGGGCUUGCCUGAUCGUCUCCCUCGUCGCGGCUGCCGGAUCCAUUGAAGGACUGGCUAAGGAUGUCAGGAGAUACAAGCCCUUCAAGACUCAGUAAUGGUGACAAGUUACUGAAUAAUCGACACAUCCAAUCAAAUGGAUGACUAUUUGAUAUAGCAUAGUAUCAGUUUUCAUAGAAGUCCUUAUUGCAUCAGAUACCGGGUUUUUUCCCUCGGAAAGGAGUCCAUUUUGUAA